AUGGUAUUUGAUAAAACAAAAAAGAAUCAGACCGCAACAAAGGUCGCAGAUAACUUAAACGAUUUGUGUAAAAAAUUAAACACAGCUAUCCAGAGGAAAAAAGAUUUGAAAGCAGCCAAAUUCAUAGAUAUAUAUGAUAAGUGCUGUGUUUUGAGAUCGCAAUUGGAAGGGCUAGCCACAAAGUUACUGGACUCAGGAAACACAAGAGAGUUUGAAUACGUGGCGAACAUAUCACACACGUCGAGUAAAAUACUGAGUAACUACGAGAAGCUGACGAGUAGGCCGAGUUAUCAGCCGAGCCUUACGAAUUAUUCAUCGCUUAACACACUUAACCUCACGAGCAAUACCAGGAAUGUGCAGGGGCAUAACAUUCGGCCAGAGAACCUGGAAGCAAGCGUAAACGUGUCGACAUUUGACGGAAUGAAUAGCAUGGGCAGUUAUGAAGGAAGCUACGGAAACGGAGGAAACAUUAAUGAGAUCCCAAGGAACCUGUCGAAGGAGUCCUCUCAGUCAGAUUGGGCGAAGUUCGACACAGCGUUUGACAACCACGAAAAAACGCCACUGAGCACAGUGAAGGAAGGAUACAAGACGCCGUCAGCAAAGGAGGGCUUCGAACAGAGCCAAAGGUCAGCAAAUAACUACAGAACGCUGAGAGGAGGGAAGGAAGGAGAGUACAGAGAAGAGAGAAGGUACAAGAAGGACUACCUGGACACGAACAUGGACACGAGCAUAGACUACUUUAACACGUCGCUGGACCUGCACAACAUGCAGGACGUGUACUACGAAGAAGACCACGAAGACUACGAACAGGAAGAAGAACAGGAAGAGUUUGGAUACCCAACGCACGCGUUCGAUGAGCCGGAAAAAACAAAUGAAAGAGGAAGAGGAACCAAGGGGGAGCUGAGAGGAUACAGAGUGCCAGGAAGUAAGCAGGGAGCAGGAGAAAGAGAAUAUACGAGAGUCCACGACAGAGAUCACACAGGAGACGGGUACAGAGAACACCAAGGAGGAGUACACAGAUACAGAGAAGAAAGAGGAGCGGCCGGGUACCCAAGAUACCCAGUAGGAGGAGAGUUAGGACCAAGGUACGAAGGAGGAAAGGACAAAGAGGAGGCGAGAGAAGAAUUCAUAGUGAAGACGAAGCUGAAGAGGACGUCAAAGGGAGACCACGAAGAGGAGCGCGAGGAGGGUCUGCGAGAGGCGGAAAAGGACAUGGCGGAGUACAUAAAGAUGCUCGAAAAGUUCCUGCAAAUGACCAAGUUUAACACCGUCAUCAACAGACUUAGCGAGCACGAGGACGACUAUAAAACGAAGCUGAGCUCGCUGCAGUCAUAUUACGCGGACACCUACGACUCGCUGGAGCCGACGACGACGGAAAACACAGGAGUGAGUCACCUGGGAGGAGUAGGAGGACACUCAGCAGGAGUGGUGCAAGCAAGAGCAAAUAUGCAGGCGCAGGAAGGAGAGCGCGGAAGCUGGAGGUCGGCACAAGGGACGGCAGGAGAAGGGCUCCCGAGAGGAGGAAGUCAAGACGAAACGAAGCUGUUCGGAAAGGAAAUUGAGCCUUUGUGGAGGUCGGAGAGCGACGGAGGACUGAGCAACUACCUGGGAGACUUCCUGCUAAACUCAGACUAUAGACUGAUAAGGACGAACAAGUACGAAGUGCACCUGGACAUCAACCAGCUCAACAGAGAAGACUUCAUGCUUAACCUGCAGCUCUACUUCGUAGCAAAGAUCAACAUAGCCUCCCUAAACAUGAACUACCAUAGGGCACGCCGCCGAAGGAGCGCUGGUACCCUCAGGGAGAGGAGGCAGCGGAGGAAGAAUGGGAGGAGGCGCGAUGACGGCACCGAACAGCACAAGGGCCUGACGGGAGGAAUAAUGCUGGUCGACGAGAGGCCACUGGCGAAGGAAAACAGCCUCACCAUCAACCUGAAGGUGGACCUGAAGACAGUGAUAGACUUCCCAGUGCUGCAAAUUAAACUGAUAGAAAACGACGGAAACAAAAGCGAGUUGAGGCUGCUGCUGCCAGUGGGAGUGUUCCUCACACUGGUGCCACUUAAGUAUAAGCUUAACCAGUUCGAGGCAUUCUGGAACUCAAUGGAAAUGACAGUUAACAGGCAAAUCAGACUAUUCCUGAGUAAGCUGCCGCUGGACCUGAACAACCUGAUCAACCUGCUCUGGAAGUACUUCUCAGUGUACCUGCAGGAGGACGUGCUCCUGCUGAGCAGCUGCGGCACGGAGGUGCUCCUGGGCUCCAUCUUCAUCAAGCAGGGGACGCUGGUGGUGGUGCAGCUGCGCAGCAUCUGCAACGCACUCAUCGCGAGCACGAUGAGCGUGCUCAAGGAGCUAUUCAGCAGCCUCAGCGUCAAGUACGACGCGAACAUUUCGAACUACACGCUCAAGAGAGUCUCCUCGCUGCCGCUCAACUUCCAGUCGAACGUGCAGCUGAACGCAGUGGUGAAGUCGAUAGUGAACUACAAAUAA